UUCAACUGUCAAAAUUAUUGUGACGUCCUGUCGAUCUAUCGCGUAUUUGUUUGCAAUUUGCGAAUUCAUAUUUUUAUCACAUUGAUUUUAGAGAAAACGGUAUCAAAAUAAAUUUAAUUAAUAGAAUCAUGACAUCUACUAUGCCAACAGACAGGAACGAAGAGCGGAGACGAAGGGUGCUCUUAGGCCCUUUGCCAGCUGGUUUCCUCCGAGCUGAUGGAGCGACAGAUACCGUUGAUGCAGACUAUCAAGCUGCAUUAGCUCUUCAGCAGCAACUUAGUGGGGCUACAGUCCCACCUGCAGGCCCACCUCUGACAGCAAGGCUUAGCAUAACAAUAGCACAGGCUAAGCUUUCCAAAAAUUAUGGGUUGACCCGUAUGGAUCCCUACGUGCGCCUGCGCGUGGGCCACUGCAUAUACGAGACCCACACCGACCCCAGCGGUGGUAGGACGCCCCGGUGGAACAAGGUCAUUCAUUGCCUGCUGCCUCCUGGCGUGAACUCCAUCUAUUUGGAGAUCUUCGACGAAUGCUCUUUUACGAUGGAUGAGCUGAUUGCCUGGGCACACAUCACCAUACCACCAGCGGUGCUGCAGGGUGAGACAUUCGACAACUGGUUCUCUCUGAACGGCAAGCAAGGAGAUGGGAAGGAAGGAGUCAUCAACCUAGUUCUCAGCUAUUCUGUGGGUCCGGCGGCGGUGGCGACGUUCCCCCCGAUGUUGGUGGUGCCGAGUACCGGCAUGGGGUACGCGGCCAUGCCCAUGUACUCGGCCCCGCAGCCGCAGCCAAUGAUGCCGCCGCAACAACCCCCGCCGCCACCUAUCACUGCUGAACAACUGCAACAGAUCGAGGAAAUGUUCCCGAGUAUGGACAAGGAAGUCAUAAAAUCGGUGCUCGAAGCCAACGGCGGCAACAAGGAUGCUACAAUCAACUCACUACUGCAGAUGUCAGAAUAAUAAUAAUUAUACAUAUAUGAAUAUACCCUGUAAUCAUGACAUGUAAGUGAUUUAUACAAACUUUAUUUACAUAUUUUAAUACGUCAGCGUCAUUUAAGAUCUUAGUACAACUUUAUUUUACGUUAAAAGUAUGGCACUCUGAUUGGCCGGCUCCAAUGAACCAGCCAAUCAGAACGCCGAACGCGGUCUCGUUUCGAUUACUUUGAACGUAAAGUAAAACAAACUCGUACUAAGCCCUCUAUGCGUUUAGCAUUGCUGUAAUCCCCACGCUUGGUAGAUAAGCUUGGGGAUUAUUUUAUUAUGUCACCUAAACUUAAAAAAAAAAACGUUGCGUUUCUCCCGAUACGUUAUCUCAUUGGAAUUCAAAUAGAAUGCUCAGUAUCAUAGUUACAUCGAAAUUAAUUAAUUUCACAUAGUUGCACUUGCACAGUAAAUAUAUAUAAUGUUGUAUAAGGAAACUAUAUUAAAAAGGCUCAAUUGUCAAAAAAUCUACAAUAUAAAUCAUA